UUGACGUCCAACAUUUUGUUUUGAUGUGUCUAAAAUGUGUCAAAAAAUUUAUGUCAACCUUCUAGAAGUUCCGAAAUGUAAUAAUAUGUGUUAAAUUCCGAAUAAAUUAUGAGUCGAGAGUAUGAGAGAGAGCAGAUGCCCCACAGAUUCAUCGGUCUCGAAUGAUCGGGAAGAAAAAAAUCCGGUGUCGCGGGGUAGCCAUCUCCUCUCGGACAUCUGCAAGUAUCUUGACGUAUCGCCAAAUAAUAAAAAUCGCAAAUCAUCAUCGCCGCCGCGGGAAAACGUCGAGCUCGGUCUUGAAAUCGAAAUCAACGAGAGUUUAAAAAGAGUUUUAACGACACCCAACAGUGGUAGCGAUGACCUCCUCGACGUUACCAUCAUCCGGCCGUCCGAAUCCGACGUCACCCAUGAAACGACGGUCGCACUCAACAAAGAUGAAGUUCGCGAUUUUAUCUCGUUGGUUGAACAACAUCACCAGAAUAAAUUAAAAAGUGGGAAAUCAAAGAAAGGUGUUGCAAAGAAGAGUGAUGUCCCAGAUCAUAUCCCAUCAACAAAACAGAAAGUGAUUAGUCUUAAAAAUGAAAUUGAGGAGAAUAGGAAUGAAAAGCCUGGGACACCGUGCGUUUGCCAACAUUGUGGGAUCAUGGGGGUGCUUGUUCAAUCGAAUAAAGCUGAGAUUCGUAAAGAUAAGAGUAAUCGAGAUGAUAAAGAAGAUAAAGAUGAUAAGAGGGGGCGAAGAGAGCGAAGCCCAGAUCAACCAAGAAGCUCAAAAGAUUUCAAAAAUCAACGAUCGGUUGUUGAUGCAAAUACAAAGUCGCAAGAUCAACUCACACUUCUUCGCGAAAUUAAUUCUAGGAUUAAGGAUUUAGAAAAAAGGAUAACAGUCCAAGAAGAAAACGCUGUGCCAAGAGAUUAUCUAAAACACGUUUUGCACAAAUUACUUAGCCAGUAUAAAGACCAACAGAAACCACAAAAUUUAAGAAAUACAGGAACUCAAUAUAUAGUUGAGCACAAAGAAAAAUAUCCCCAACAAGCCCCACAACAAGUCCCACAACAACCAACGAAAAAAGAUGGAAAAUCGAGGCAUUAUCAAGUACACACUUUGUUGCAUACAACCACAGCACCAACAGGAAUUCCUAAAUUAGGGAUUGGGGAGCCUUCAACGACAUCUCAUAACACCUCAACUGAUUUAGGGAUUAGUUCAGGGUCAAAAUUGAAGAAGCAACCGCUUUAUUUUUGGGGAGAAGAGGUGGUCUCCCCAGGUUGUGACUUAAAAACGAAAAUUUUGAAUCUUCUUGAUGAAAAAAUGGGGAAUAAAAAUGUUCCCCAAUCGAGGAUUCCGAUUGCUUUGCCAGAAAAGCUCCCGAAAACUGCAGAAGAAGAAAUUAAAGUUGAACGAGAUGAGAAUCUUUUAUUUUUGGGCAAAAUGGACGAAAUCUCUCCUUGUAACAUCGAUGAUUAUGUACAAAGAUCGAGACCACCGGAAAUAAUAAGAGCAGAAAAAAAUGUUGCGCAACAAAAUAAUUACCAAAAUGGGUUUAAUGUUGUUCCAGAAUCUUUGAGACCUGAUUUAAAAAUGAAACAUAAUCAGAUGAAACCAAAUCCGCCAUCUUAUGUUAAACCGCCGAAUUUGUUGUAUCCUUUUGAUCCAAAACGAACGUUGGAUGAUUCAACUUUUAGGAGGAACAUAGACGCCCAUAAAGAAAGGUUGAGGGAGAAACCGAAAAUGCCAGAAAAAUUUUUUAAUGGUUACCUCACUCAAAGUGGAAGUUCAGAAUCGAAAGCUUCGAUGGAUAUGAUAAUGCAAAAAAUAAGACAUAACAAUCAAGUUGUAGAAAAUAAAGAGAAAGAAAAAAAAGUAGCUGAGGAAAAAUACAAGAUGAGUCAUUACGAAAAAUUAGCAAGCUCUAUAAUUAAAGAAAAAAUGACUUGUGGGGGGUUUCGAACCACAAAAGGGGUUGUUCAGGAAACGAAUUCUUUUUCAGUUCCGGUCGAUAUCACGUACGUGAACCCUAAAAUAACUCAAUGGUCAGAAGAAUCAACAGCGUCGGAAGAUCGAUAUAUGAAAUUUAUGAAACCGAAUCAACGCAAAGAUUCAAUACCAGUUGAAACUAAAGAAUCCCUCAUUUAUAAAUUAGAAUUUUUAAAAAACUUAGCAAAACAUAAAAGUGCAGACCAAUCAAAAGUAUUAAACAAAAUUUGGACGCAAGCUAAAAAAACGGCAAAAUCAAAGAACGACGCUGUGUUUAUAAAGAUUCCUUUUAAAAGUGUUAACACGGUGGAGCCAAGAAACAACGUCAUCGAAAUGCAGUUGACGUUGGAGCAGCUAGAAACCGUGGUGAAAUCGGUUAAAGUGAAUGAUUCGACCACGAAGAUGAUUGCCAAAUACAAAUCUUCGAGUGAAAUCGAUAUCGGGCAAAGACAACACGAAGAAAUUAGAAAGGCGAAUAUGGAGGUUCUUAAUAAGCGGAGGAAUUUUAGCGCUAAAAGUGGGAGGAAAAAAUGAUUGUUUUUGAUUUUUUUUUAUUAAAAAUUAAAAUGAUGGUGAUUGUUGUGUUGGGUGUAGUCUUUGUUGUUGUGUGUUUAAGGUGACGAAUUUAAUGUGUCGAAGGCUUUAUUUUUUUGUUUAUAACAGUUAAAAAAAAAUAAUAAAUAGUAAUUUAAUUUAA